AUGGAUGACACAUUACAAAUAAGGGAUUAUUUUUAUGCAGGUUUUAAUAACUAUUGUUUGAAUAAUUAUGAUAAUAUAGGGGAAGAAGAAAAAAAAGAAGCAGAUGAAUAUAUAUAUCAAAUAUAUAUGAUUAAUAAUAUAAAGAAGGAUUUUAUAUUGAAUUUAAAAUAUGAGAAAAAUGAAAAUUUAUAUUUUCUGUAUUUAUACUACAAAUAUUACUACUUAGGUGAAAAAGAAGAUGUAUUACCUGAGAUAAAAAAAUUAAAGGUAUCUUCAACGAAUGUAAAUAUAUUAAAAAGCAGAAUAUUUUUUGAUAAUGAUUUAUUAGACGAAUGUUUUGAUUUAUUGGAAGAUGGCACUGUUGAAGUAAAAGCAGCUAAAAUAUUUCUUUUAUUAAGUAUAAAUAGAAAUGAUUUAGCAAAGCAAAUAAUAGAUGAAUAUUUAAAGGUGAAUGAUGAAAUACCAAUAAUAAAAAUUGCUUUGGCAAUAUAUUAUUUAUAUAAUGAUAAUUAUAAAGAAUCUUUUUUGAUUUUUGAUGAUUUAGAAUCUUUAUACUCAUCUGUUGUGAAUGAUUUUUCUACAAUUAUAUUAAAUGGUAAAAGUGUAUCUAAUAUUAUAAGCUAUGAGUUUAAUGAUGCUAAAGAAUUCUUGAAGAACUCUUUAAAAAAUGAAAUAAAUAAUGGUGAUAUAAUAUAUAAUUUAAUUACUUGUUCUUUAUAUUUGUAUGAAGUAGAUGAAGCAAAUGAAUAUUUAAAAAAACUUUAUGAUUUUUUCCCAAUUCAUGAUAGUAUAAAUGUUCUAAAAAAAAUUGAUUUUGAAAUAGAUAAUUUUGUUAGUGAAUUUUAA